AUGACCAUUGAAGUUCCUAUCCCAUGUUCAAGAUGUUACGAAACUGAUCAAGAGUGCACCUGGGAAGACCUGAAAAAUGACAAGUUGAACACAAAGCGAUUAAGAGCUUGUGAUCACUGUCGGAGUACCAAGAGAUCAUGCGACGGAGUUCGACCAGAUUGGGCUACUGCCCUUUCAUUCGAAGAGAAGCACAAAUACUCUCACUUUGAGCCUUAUUCUUACGAUACGAAGCCCUCGGACUCCUCACUCGCCUCACCCCCCAUCUCAUCCAACUCAUCCACCUCGGUCUUUCCAACAUCAUCAUCUUUGCCCUCCAAAUUAGCCUCAACCCCUUCAUCAAAACCAGCUUUGCCCUUAUUCGAAUCACCUGGAAAACUAUCCACUCCCAAUUCAUGCCAAAUUAUGAGUGGUGGAAUGAGAAUCACCGUCGACUCGAUUACCGACUCAUGCCAAAUCGAAGCUGCGGGAACUAACUUCAAGAUUGAAGUAAUCGAACAAUCUCCCUGA